UCAUAGCUGACGACAGUUAAUGUAUAGCAUUUGUGGAUUAAGUUCCCUGGAGUUUAACCACAGAAAGUUAUUGAUUUUAAGAGGCUCUCCAUGUCAUCUCCCCAUAGUCUGCUGCUCUGAGAUCAAGUGUAAAACCGACCUGCUGUCAUGUGUUGAUAAGAGAAAUCUAUCCUGUGAUAUUUUUGCACACUCAGUCAUUAUGGUCCGUCUAACAGUGCAUCUGAUCGCAAAAUCAAGCAGUUUCUCAAAAGCCUGCAGAAGCGAAUCUCUCCAGCAGUAUCUGAAGAAACUGACCCAUCUCAACUUCUCAAACAAAAGUAUAGAGGACAUUGGUGAUCUAUCAAUGUGCAGAAACCUCACAGUCCUGUAUCUAUAUGACAACCAAAUAUCACAAAUCUGCAAUUUGGGAUUCGCCUCAAACCUUACACACUUAUAUAUGCAAAAUAACAAUAUCUCUUGCAUAGAGAACCUCUCAUCUCUACAUAAGCUCUCCAAACUUUUCUUGGGAGGUAACAGCAUCACUGUGGUGGAGGGAUUAGAUGAGCUGAAAAGCCUGAAGGAGCUGCAUGUGGAAGGUCAGAAACUACCCCGUGGAGAAAAGCUGGUCUUUGACCCCCGUUCCAUUUCUAGCCUCUCUGAAACUCUGUGCAUUCUAAAUAUCAGCAAAAAUAACAUUGAUGAAAUAUGGGACUUGGCCCCUCUCCGAAAACUGACCCAUCUUUACGCUACCGAUAACCAGCUACAGGACAUACAGGAAUUAGAGACAGUGUUCAGCCAGUGGUCUCAACUGCGGCUACUGGAUCUGAAUAGAAAUCCUGCGUGUCACAAACCUAAAUACAGGGACAGACUAAUAACUGCCUGCAAAAUUCUAGGUGAGAAAUAG